ACAUAUUUCUUGUUGGUCUGGAUGGUGAGUUUGAAAAAGUUUGUAAAGAUAUUCUACAUCAAGAAGAGGUUCUUGAUCUAAAGGAACCUAAGCAUUGGUUCAUCGUGAAACAAUUCAUCAAGCAACACUAACAGGGGAAGUUGCAAAGUUAAAUUCCUUAGCCAUGGUGGUUAGGAAUCAGUCAUCUAAGACUCCUAAUGGUGCACGUUCCUAUUGCAACUGCAAAUGUCACACUAAAGACAAUUGUUUUAAACUUGUAGGAUAUCUUGAAUGGUGGGAUUAUAGUCGUGAUCCAAAGAAGAAAAGUACUGGGAAGCUAUUGGAGGGGAAGCUAGCAACAGUAAUUGUUGCUGAAUUGAAACCUGAAGGCAAGAUUGUUGAAGGAUCAAUAACAACAACUGAUAAUGGUGGCAAGGUUUUAAAUACAUCUGCACCUGUUACUAACAGAAAGUGGGACAUUCAAACAAGACAAACAAUUGGUUAUGGUGUUAGGCGAAGGAAGCCGCAUUACCUGGACUUAAUGCUCAGAAAUAUCAAUAAACUUAAGGAAGCUAGCUUUGGCGGUAGAUGGAUGACUUGGGUUUGCUUGAUGAAGUCUAAAAGAGAAGUGAACUUGUUAUUUCAAAAGUUCCAUAAGAUGAUGGAAACUCAAUAUAAUACACAGAUAAAGGUACUCCGUAGUGAUAAUGGUGGAAAAUAUCAAAGUUCUGACAUGCAAAGAUAUGUGGAGGCACAUAGAAUCAUCCAUCAAACUACAUGCCCUGACACCCCACAGCAGAAUGGAGUAGCACAGAGGAAGAAUCGUCACUUACUAGAAAUUGUUCGAGCUUCCCUAAUUGAAGGGGUGUAUAAUCAAGGAAUACAAGAAAUUCAGACUUUAGAGUAUGGUUAUUGUGCUGCAGAGGUGAAGGAAUACUUUACAUAUGUUCCUAAUGUCAAAGAUGGUUCUAGAUGGGAAGUAAGCUUCCUUGAUGGUGCUAGCUCCUCUGAUAGUGCAAGGUCCUCUGAUGGUCUAGGUUCCUUUGAUAGUUUAGGUUCUUCUGAUGGUACAGGCUCCUUUGAUGACAUUAGUUCUGCUGAUAGUGCAGGUUCCAUUGAUGCAGUAGGUUGCAUAGGUUCAGGUUCCACUGAUGGAGCAGGUUGCACAUGUUCCUCUAAUGAUGGAGGUUUUACUGAUGGCACAGCUAACUUGGGUUGGCCUUUACAACAGUUUGAUGUGAAGAAUGCCUUCCUACAUGGGGAGUUAACUGAAGAGGUUUAUAUGGAUAUUCCACCAACAUGUCAAAUACUUGAGAGACAUUGCCAAAAGGCUCUUGUUGAUAAAAGAAGAUACCAGAGAUUAGUGGGAAGAUUGAUGUACUUAGCUCACACAAGACCAGACCUCGCUUAUGCAUUAAGUGUUGUCAGCCAAUAUAUGCAUGAUCCUGGUGAACAACAUAUGAAUGUCAUCAUGCGUAUCUUGAGGUAUCUAAAAUCUGCACUAGGUAAAGGAAUCCUAUUCACAAAGAAUAUUGAUUGUCACAGCAUAGCCACAUAUACUGAUGCUGAUUGGGUUGGAGCAAUAGAUGAUGGAAGAUCAACCUCUGGUUACUUUACUUUUGUGGGUAGAAACUUGGUUACAUGAAGGAGUAAGAAAGAGAAGGUUGUUGCACAAUUAAGCGUGGAAGUUGAGUUUAGAGCUGCCAAAGUAGCAGCAAAGUGACAGCACAAUGGAGCUUCACAUGCGCUACAAGAAAUGGCAGUAAAUCUUUGAAUGUAAUCUUUUGUUUUAAAUGCUUAAUAUUUUCUUGUAUUGGGUAAAAUGUUAGGUGAGAAAAAAAUUGUUUUUUAUUGUAUUGUUUCUGCUAUAAAUGUAGUGAAAUAUC